AUGUCCGCUGCCUGCAUCUUCUGCAAAAUCAUCAAGGGUACAGUAAUCUCUCCACAUCAAGAACUCCCAGAGAAACACCACAAAGAAGCUCAUUACCAAACCCAGNGCGAGAUCCCCUCGAUGAAACUCUUCGAAAGCGAAAAAGUGUUUGCUUUCCUCGACAUCAACCCUCUAAGCUACGGCCACGCUCUCGUCAUCCCCAAACACCACGGCGCAAAACUCCACGACAUCCCCGACGACCAACUCACAGAGAUCCUGCCUGUGGCAAAGAAGAUCGCGCAAGCAGUCAAUGCGAGCGACUACAACAUUUUGCAGAACAAUGGAAGGAUUGCUCAUCAGGUGGUUGACCAUGUGCACUUCCACAUGAUCCCCAAGCCGAAUGAGAAGGAGGGUUUGGGCAUCAGCUGGCCUCAGCAGCAGGGCAACCAGGACAAGCUCAAGAAGCUCAAAGAGGAGAUUCUGUCAAAGAUGUAA